CAUGACGUACAACAGGAGUUUGGCGAGAGUCAAAGUGAAGAAUCGGAUUUCUGAUAUGACCUUAUCAAGAGUUAUUGAGAGAAUUGAAGAGGAUCGCCUUAUUAGAAUCGCUCAUUUAGAUCACGACAGAUUGGAUGUUCACGAUUUCCUCAAGGAGAUCAACUAUUGUAAAUCGGAUGAUCUUCCAGAGUCAAAAAUAUGGCUGGGCGAUAGAGUUGAAGCCCUUGAGAGGAGGAUGCAGAGGCGACGGAAUGCCGAACGUGACGUUCUUACGGCACCUCCGGGUAGGGUGAAUAACUCAGUCAUAUCAGUAAUCGCUAAACCAGAGCCGGUAAGAGGUAAAACUGCACCCGAACCGACAAGAAAUCUACCUUACGUUGAAAGAAAAACUGCUAGGACAGCGAGAAGUCCUAAUGUCCUUAAAUUGUCCGAUAAGAGACCAGUAACAAAGCAUACAGUGGAAAAACGCCAAGAAACGAAGCGAAAUAACUUUAUUAACGUUGAUGAUUAUCAGAACGAAAAUGAUGUGGAUACGGAGGAAAUACUAGCAGAUGUAAGGGAUGAAAUUGAGCUUGUUGCAGAGGAGAAUAAGCCCAAAUCCAUUUUACUCCCGAGUAUAUUAAAUAAGCAUUCGGAUGAUAUUAGUCGACCCCCGUCCGUUGUUUCAUUUACCGACAAACCUACAAGAGUCGUUUAUACAGCAGUUGUUCAUGCUAGUCACGAAGAUGAUACUGGAAAUUUUUCACAAUACUACAAUGAUGAAGACAAUACAGAAGAUGACGAAAAUUCAGAUCAACAAGAGAUAAAAGAAAAGGGAGCGAAAGAGCAGACAAAGAGUAAAUUGAGAAAGGUGUCAACCACCUCCUCCAGAAAGUUGAAAACUGGAAAACUAAAGAAAAAGCCUACGCCUAAACCGAAGAAAAUAGAGAAAAAGAAAGAGCCCGAAGAAGUUGUAUUGCUGCCAAGUACACCAUCUAAGAGUCUUAUUAUACGAACUCCAACAGCUAACUCAAUGGUUAGGACUAGGCAGCCACUUGUUAGAUCGGCUAUAAAACGAGAGACGUUGACGCCCAGCCGUGUUUCCAUAACAACAGAGGACAGAAACGCUUUUGUUAUGCGUCAAAUUUUAACCGAAAAUUCACACAUGCAUAGAAGAUCAGCUAAAAAAUCAAAGCAACCUUUAAGUCAAAGAAUAAAUGACUUUUAUGAAAAAAUUGAUAAACUUCGACAAGAAGUCGACACCGCCGCCAAUUGGAUGCCCACACCAAAAAAGACUAAGAACCUAACAAAACGCAAUACGCUGAGAACUGGCGGUUUAAGGGCCGCUCUCCAAUUAGACAUUGACGAUUAA